GUCAUCCCGCAGCUUCCUUUCUCGCCAUCUUUGUUGGGGGCCGACAACCUAUAAGCCAAGAGGGGCUGGCAGUUGCUCCACGCCCUCAGCAUCCCCUCGCGUUCACAAGCUAUGCUGAAAAAGUAAGAGAAAGAGUCGGAGUCAGAGAGUCAGCUUUUCGCCAAAGAAAGAGAGAGAUAGAAAGAUAGAGAGAGACACAGAGACGCUGGUGGCGUCACGGUCGGCGCGUCCCCCAUCUUAGUUGUGGACAGAGAAGCGGCAACUUGGGAAGUGUGGCGGCGCUGUGUCAAUGCUGAGGCUGGGCGGCCGUGGGCUCUGGCUGGGGCUGGCUGUAGCGGCAGCUGCGGUGAUGGCAGCACGGCUGAUGGGCUGGUGGGGUCCCCGCUCUGGCUUUCGCCUUUUCGAACCUGAGGAGCUGGCCCGCUACCGCGGCGGCCCUGGAGACCCGGGCCUCUACUUGGCGUUGCUCGGCCGCGUCUACGAUGUGUCCUCGGGCCGGAGGCACUACGAGCCCGGGGCCCACUAUAGCGGCUUCGCAGGCCGAGAUGCGUCCAGAGCGUUUGUGACUGGGGACUACUCUGAAGCAGGCCUUGUGGAUGACGUAUCUGGCUUGUCAUUCUCUGAGAUGCUGACACUUCACACCUGGCUUUCAUUCUAUGAGAAGAAUUAUGUAUUUGUCGGGAGGGUGAUAGGAAGGUUCUACAGAGAGGAUGGACUGCCUACCCCAGAACUGAUGCAGGUAGAAGCCAUGAUCACCAAAGGCUUGGAGGCAAAUAAACAGAAACUGAAAGAGAAGCAGAAGUUUCCACCGUGCAAUGCUGAGUGGAGCUCAGCCAGGGGCAGCCGGUUCUGGUGCUCCCAAGAGAGCCCACAGUGCCAGUCCUCUCUUCAAACCUCGGCCAGCAGGAAGCUCACGAGUGGAUCCCCUUGAGUUGCUCCUGAAAAAUGGAGGCAGGGAGGGCAUUCCUGGCCCCUCUGGAGAACCUGAGUGGGGCCAGGUGACUGAGCUGGUGCACCUGUGAUCACACAUGUUGCCAAGAGCACAGUAAGUUCAUGUAGCUACUCAGUUUGCCUAAAACAGCCACUUUUUGGCUGCUGUCAACAGUGUAUUUCUGAAAAAUGUUGGAAUUCAAACUUUCCUAGAGGGUAGCUCUUAAAGAAAUUUAUUCACACGUCAGGAGUUUUUCAAUUUGUUUGUUUUUAAUGCUUAUCGGUACCUCUGCAUUAGAAGUAACUACAAAUGUCUUAUUAAAGUUUCCACUUUAAAUGCACAAUUUUACUUCAUUUUAUUAUAAGGAACUGUUACAGAAAAUGCAAAUAUCAGUAUCUGAAAAAUACAUUCCAUUACACGGACUCCAAAGGAACAAUGCCGAUAAGCGCCAUGGUCCUAUACGAUGCCAUCACCCCACACUGAGCACCACCGCAAAUGGUCUGGAAGCCAAGGGGACCAACCCAAAUGUGUGCCUGCAGUCUCUGCCCAGCUACUGCCCUUCCCCUUGGUAUCACACAGGAAUGUCCUGGUAACAGCCAGCUCACACAUCUGCCAGACAAGGGCAAGUCAUUAAGUUGAGCAGUCCCAACUCAAGACUCCCUAGCUGCAAAAAACCAAUGUCAUCAGUUGUUAACAGGUUAAUAUAUUAUUUGUGCCACACAAAAAAGGAACUGUACAAGUAAUGAUCUUCCAAAGAAAGUCUUUAAGGCAUCUAUAACUUCUGGGAAUUUUAAGUGUUUAGUUGAUGUCUUGUCAAACUGUUAGCUCUUCACUAAGUUACUUCCACAAAGUGAGAAUGUGGCUUCCAAAUCCCUUUGGCAAGUUGUUUCCCCUCUGCCUCCUCCUCUCCCGCCUGGGAGUGGGAAGCUUUGGCGCUGCAGGUAGUUCUUCGGGGGCUUGUCCUGAGGGAAGCAAGUGUGUCUGUCAUGAAAGCAUUACAUUUACUUGUUCAUGCUACUGUCACUUGGGAAGUUAGUUUGCCUCUCAGGUCUAAGUAUUACACAGCUCAGAAGUGUUCUUUAUCUCCAGAUAAAGGAAACUUAGAUGAAGUUCAAGGCUCUCCCCUCUCCCAAGACCUUCCCUCCUCUCCAUGCCUAUAGACAAGAUUAGUGCCGUAAUGGUUCGGUGCAACAGGCCGGGGCAUGAACUGGGGAGAGUGGUGAGACCACAUGCACACUGAGCUCCACGCUCCAUUCAGGGAGAAGACCGAGGAAGCUGAACAGGGUGGUCAGAAAUGACUCAGGGCUCUGAGGUAGAGGACUAAAGGUCACGUGGACCCCACUCCUUGGAGAGAAUGUGGCAGGUGAACUGAGCAAUCUAAUCCAGCCUCCACUAAAUUUGUAAUUAGGGUUGACAGUGCACAAGCACAAAACUCUAAAUGGAACACAUGUUCUAAUACAUCAUUCAGUGAGACACCUCUAGAGAGACAACUGAAAAUUAAAAAGUCCUAAGUGUAGGCACUUAAGUUUGGGGGAAAUUUCUGUGUUAGAGGAUCAUAGCAAAUUAGUUUAAGCCAUUCAAUUUAUAAUAUAUAUAGCACAUGGUUUGUACCUUCGUCUUAAAAGCAAAAAAAGACUGUUGAGAAUACACUGUAUGAUGAUAAAUCUGGUGAUGAGUAAGAGGCAGUUAUAAAAGCUAAUUCAGCAUAACAAGGUUGACUGAUGCAGCAAAUUAUAUUUCAGUAAAGUUUAUUCCUCCUGCUCUACUCAUUCACAAUUGGCAACUUUCUGAAUGAAAAAAUUAAGUUUUUCCUACUAGUACUUAAACUAUAGAUUAAAAUUUAACGAGAACAGCUAGGCAGUUUUGUAGGCAAGUCUUGACAGCACGGAGAGCACAAAAGGGACUCAGCAUGCCUCGCCCUGGCCAGGGCAGUGUGUGUGGGAGUCCUACUGGGGCAGCUGCCACUCAAAGAACCUGCUGAGUGCAGCCCAGGGAACAUUGGCGUGGUCAGGGAGAUUUCCUAAGAUUGGAAAGAUGCUUUUUCUAUAUCUACACGAAUGCACCCUGAAGCCAAUGUAGAACUAAAAAAAUGUACCCCCAAUCCGUGGCUGGUCAGUACCACUGUUAUCCCUGGACUCUGUGAAGAAACAGAAGCUUGAAUCAACAUAUUUUAAACAUGAUCUUAAGAUUUUAAGAGCAAUUACAGGUAAGACUGUGACUGAAAUUGGUGCGGUAGGCAAGGGCAGCACAAUCAGCCUCAUGAAUUCCCAUCCCUGAUGGAAAUCCAAUCCCAUGAAUUCCCUCCUGAUUGAAUCCCCAUCCUCCCCUCUCCACUACGAACGUUAAAAGAACAAGCAUCUAUGUACUGACCACCUCAAUUCAUAUCUGAACCAUGAUUAUCUUACUUUCUAAUUAAAGAACCAAGCUACCUAACUAA